CUUAUACAACUCAACUGUUACCUAAAAAUCACAGCAAGUCAAAUAAGAUGGGACCAUUCGGAAAAAUAUUAAUAGUGAGCUUUCUUAUUGCUUACAUUGCUGUCAAAUGGACUACACCCCGUUUUGAUCCAGAAUCUCUCAAAGGUGCCAGGGUUUUGGUCACGGGGGCAAGCACAGGUAUUGGUGAACAAAUGGCAUAUCAUUAUGCCCGCUUUGGAGCCAAGAUUGUAAUUACAGCAAGGAGGGAGAAAGUUUUACAGCAGGUAGUUGAGAGGUGUCUGGGUCUAGGAGCCCAAAAGGCUCUGUAUAUAGCAGCAGACAUGGCGAAUGAGUCCGACCCCGACAAAGUGGUGGAUUUUGCUCUGGAGAAACUGGGAAGUUUGGAUUACCUGGUUCUCAACCAUAUUGGCCCGACCCCCUUUAGCAUGUGGGAUGGAGAUGUGGAACACACCAGGUGGCUAAUGAAGGUCAAUUUCCUCAGCUACAUACAGAUGGCCUGGAAAGCUUUGCCCUCCCUUGAGCAAAGUAAAGGAUCUCUGGUAGUGGUUUCAUCAGUUUUGGGUAAGAUGUCCAGUCCGUUUGUAGCACCAUACACCUCAACUAAAUUUGCCUUAAAUGGGUUCUUUGGAUCCUUGUAUCAUGAACUGGCCAUGAAGAAGAGCAAUGUGUCAGUCUCUAUAUGCACACUGGGGCUUAUUGAUACUGAAUCAGCUAUGGAGAAAGUCAGGGGAGUCACAAACAUUCAGGCCUACCCUGCCACAGAAGCAGCGCUGAACAUCAUCACAACAGGAGCAACAAAGCAGCAGGAGCUUUACUACCCGUGGUUCACACACAUCAUGUGUCUCAGCAAAGACUGGUUCCCGUCUAUAACCAGCUAUGUCAUCCAGAACUCCUACAACUACAGUCCAUGAUAAGCAUAAAUGUACUGCACAUGGCAGUAUCAUAGACGCAUCUUUACUGGAAAUUACGC